AUGCCUAACGCCAAGCGCCUCAAGGGCAGUGGUGCAGCCAAAGCUGGCAAGGCCCGCGAGCCCGCCACCAAUGUCCCAGACGAACGCCCGACUCCCGCCGAAGUCGAAGAAGAGGAGCACCAGCUUGUUCAACUCGCGAGGAGUCACUGGUUAAAGCCAGGGAAAAGGACUGUCAAGUCCAAGGUCAAGAAUGAUGUUCUGAAGCAGGGCAUCUGGGAUGUGCUGGAACAGGAUGGCUUCCACUAUAACUAUCUUUGGCCGGGAUAUACCGAUGAAUCGUCCAAUUUUCAUGUUCUUUUGAUUGUACUGAUAGCCAACGUGAAACGGCGCGAACAUCUGGAGACAUGGAGCCUGUUUGAAGAAAGACCUGAUGAUUUCUCGUCCAUGUUCCGUCGAGUCCUGUCGCUGUUGCUCGAUCGUACCCUCUCUACUUCUAUACGAACGCACCUUCUUUGCUUCUUGAUUUACGCAUUCCAGAGCCUAGAUUGCUCCAUUGUCAGAAAAGAAUGCGCACCGCUGGUGUCAAUAGGAAUCUGGCAGAAUCUGUCUAGCGCGACCCAGCGAGAGACCUUACUGGACCAAAAUACCCAUUUGCGAAAGGCUUGGAGGGCAUCCCAGAAGCGUUAUGACGCAGCAGAUGAUGCUACCAAAGCUCGACUUCGCUUCGAGAGAUCCUGGCUCUAUUCGUUACUUCUGGACUUCUUAGGUAUCUUAUACGACGAUGCUACGAAGUCAGAUGAAGCUUUGUAUUGUGAGAGAUUUACUGAAUUCAUUACCGAUCUUCAAAGCCAGCUGCCUACAAGACGCUAUGUCAAUACGCUUCUCCAAGACUUACACGUCUUACCUGUCAUGAAACUUUCGCCCACAUAUAACAACGAGAACAAUUCGCUGCUGCGAGAUUUGCACUCUCUUUUGUUGCAUUAUACCCAUUUUACUAUUGACGACCAAACUGGAGUUCAACUGACCAUGACGGAGGCAUACGACAAGCACUGUGCAACCCUUGGAAAGUUGCAACGAGUUGCACUCAAGCAUUUCAAGGAGAAACUCAUGGUCUUGGCCCUCUCAAAUUACGGAGGUAUUGAGAAGAGAGAUGAACUUGCAAGUCUGCUUGAGCCUUUGACGGAUGAAGAACUCACACAGCUCUUCACACUUCUCGACAUGCGAUCUACAUAUCCGGAGUCUCUUGCACUCCCAGUCGAUCGCAAGUUGCUUAUCGAAAUCAUGCUGAGUAAAUUCGAGCGCAAGAAAACCUUCCGUGAGACCGCUCGGUAUAUGCCGUUAGUGCCAACCGAACGAACUUUGUUUGACAGUGGCUCCCAGCGAGCAGAUGCGUACGAUGGAUCGCACCCUCUGGCCCUGCCCAAGCUGAACCUGCAGUACUUAUCUGCUGGAGACUUCCUAUGGAGGGCAAUGAUUUUGUAUCGUUGCGAGGCAUUCUACGGCAUCCGAAAGGAUGUGGAAUCGGCCCUGCGCCGCCUGCGACCGGAGUCUAAGCAGCCCGGCGUGACAAACUUUGCAGGAUUCUCCAAAAUGGCACUGCCUAUUUCCAAACCGUCAAUUCUGGAAGUUGUCCCCCCGCUAGUGGGAGAAGAGCUUCCGUCAAUGGUGAAAGCUGAGAUCUCGUUUGAUGUUCGACGCUUAGGACAGAAUAUUCGACGAGAAUGGGACAAUCUCCGCCCUGACGAUGUUGUAUUUCUGUUGGCCGUUGAAGCACCGUCCUCACACGCCUCUGCUAACGGUGAUGACAUUCGGUCUGAGCAUGAGAAGCUCGGCGUUAUAUCAGUACGAUCUGCCGAAAUUAUCAACAUCACAGACGAAAAGGGGCGCCACGUCAGGGAUGGCUCUGUGAAUCUCGACAACAAGCGCAGGAUGCAUCUCAGACUGGACUCAUACAUGUACUCCAGAGAUUCAGAGCGCGCAUCAGCAGGCAAACCUGAUGUGUACGGCCAAAUAAACUUGCUACUAAGAAGGGGACGAAGAGAAAACAAUUUCAAACCAGUUUUGGAGUCUAUUCGCAAGCUCGUUUUGUCGGAAAUGCCUCUCCCGUCAUGGCUGCAUGAAGUCUUCUUAGGAUACGGCGAUCCAGCGGCUGCAAACUACAAGAACCUGUCCAACCGAAACAAGAAGCUUGACUACCGGGACACCUUUCUUGACUGGCAACACUUGGUUGAAAGCUUGCCGGGCAAAACUGUUGAGCCGGGGGGCGAUGUUAUGGGCAGCUUCGGCCCUCCAUAUGUUCUAGAAGAAGCUGGCAAGGUAGAGGCGGCUAAUGGCUCUAGGCCAUCAAAGAAGCGCCGACGCGACGCAGAGCCCACGAUGAAGUCCGAGGUUGAUACCUUUAAAGUAUCGACAUAUAAGCCACCAAAUAAUGGCCCAUACCCCGUCGACGUGCCCAAGAUGAAUUCAGUCCGGUUCACGCCUGCUCAGAUCGAGGCUAUCAUGUCUGGAUCGCAGCCUGGGCUAACAGUGAUCGUCGGCCCCCCUGGAACAGGAAAGACAGAUGUGGCUACUCAAAUUAUCAACAACAUCUACCAUAACUUCCCACAAGAGAAGACAUUACUUAUUGCGCACAGUAAUCAGGCACUCAACCAAUUAUUUGCCAAGAUUGUCGCACUGGAUAUUGACGAGAGACACCUGCUCCGUUUGGGACAUGGAGAAGAAGAGUUGGACACGGAUGGAAGCUUCAGCAAACAUGGCCGUGUUGAAUCAUUCCUUGAUAACAGGCAGACGUUUCUACAAGAAGUCAGAAAACUCGCUUCAAGCCUCGGGGCACCAGGUGCACAUGAUAACUCGGCAGAGACUGCUGGCUAUUUUAAUAAGGUCUACGUGGAACCGGCUUGGAAAAGGUUCCAGCACGCCGCAACGUCAGGCGAGACUUCUGUCCCAGACCUUGUGAAGGCUUUCCCAUUCCAUGCAUACUUUGCCGACGCGCCCCAACCACUGUUCCCGGAGGAUGCUGAUCGUGAGGCAACGUUAGACAUUGCCAACGGCUGCUACCGGCAUAUUAGCAAGAUAUUCUCAGAGUUGGCCGAUAUUGUUCCAUUUGAAAUCCUUCGCCGUGACCGAGAAAAGGCCAACUACUUGCUCACCAAUGAGGCUAGAAUCAUCGCCAUGACAACAACUCAUGCUGCUAUUCGACGAAGUGAGAUUGCCUCACUUGGCUUCCAUUAUGACAACGUCAUCAUGGAGGAGGCGGCCCAAAUUACCGAAGUUGAAACAUUUAUGCCUCUCGCCAUGCAAAAGCCGACGAAUAACCAAAUGCCAUUGAAGCGGGUCGUUCUGUGCGGUGACCACCUCCAGAACUCACCAGUCAUUCAAAGUUUAGCAUUUCGCCACUAUGCCAACCUAGAACAGUCACUAUUUUCUCGCCUAGUCCGGCUCGGGGUCCCGACCGUCAACCUUGAUCAACAGGGACGUGCUCGUCCCUCGAUCGCGAAACUCUAUCAAUGGCGGUAUCCCAAGCUGGAUAAUUUGCCACAUGUGCAGAACCAAGCCGAAUAUCUCAGAGGUAAUGCUGGCUUCAAGUUCGAUUACCAGUUUAUCAACGUACCCGACUACAAGGGCCAUGGAGAAUCAGAACCGACACCACAUUUCAUUCAAAACUUGGGCGAGGCAGAGUAUGCAGUGGCCAUCUAUCAGUACAUGCGCUUGCUAGGAUACCCUGCGGGGAAGAUAAGCAUCCUCACGACCUACGCCGGGCAACGAGCUCUGGUCAAGGAUGUACUUGCUCACAGAUGUGCCAAGAACCCCGUUUUCGGUCUUCCUAAGGCUGUUGCCACGGUGGACAAGUAUCAAGGCGAACAGAAUGAUUUUAUCAUAUUGUCCCUGACUAGAACGUCGCGUGUGGGUUACUUGCGCGAUGUCCGCCGUAUGACGGUUGCGGUUUCUCGUGCCAGACUUGGAUUGUAUAUUCUUGGCCGCAGGGAGGUAUUUGAGGCGUGCCCCGAGCUUCGACCUGCAUUUGAUCUCCUCCUGGGGCGGCCGGACAAGCUGAUGCUUGUAACAGGGGAGAUGUGGCCGACGGAGAGACCGAACUUGGAGGAUAACUCGCCUGUGGAAGGGGAAGUGGUAAUGGAAAAUGUCGAGCAUUUGGGACAAUAUGUGUUUGAGAUGACGAACACCAGGCUUCAACAACUGCAGGCGCAAGGAGGAGAAUCUGCUACGACUGUCCCAGAAACAAUUUCCGAAGAGGCAGAUGAAGAUGAAGCACCAGCCACAUACUAUGACGAAGAUGAAAAUGAAGUAGAGCCAGAUAUUCUGGAGGUUCGCGAAGGCGAAAACAAGAAUUAG